AUGCGCCUACAGUGCAAUCGCAAUCGAACCUCGGGUCCAGAUAUCGAGAAAACCGGAGAUGCACCGGAAAUGACGUCGCCGGAACUUCGAAAAUCAGUGCAACCUCCGCCAAAAUUACCUUCUCAGCAGCUUGUUUUCGCCCUGGAAACGUGGAACCGAGUGGUCUGA